CGGAUCGAUGACUCUGCCCCCGGCGCGAGCAUGAGCAAGCAGGCGUAGAAAAAGCUGUACCAGCCAAUGUGUGCGGUUCGUAAGUCGGCAGCGAGAGCAGAAAGCAGCAGCAUCAGUCAGCAGCCGCACCAGCAGACUUUAACGCGAAUCGAUCAAUCGUCUGUGUCUAGCAAGUGGGGAAGCAGCAUGUGCGCUUUUCAACGGUGUCCUAUCUGCGUCAACGCUCCGACGGUGUUGUGCCAAAACGAUCCCGAGUAGGUGCAAACGCAAAGUGUGCGGUGUGAAGUGCAAUAUCGAAAAGGCAGAGGGUCCAGGUGAACAGGACGAAGUAACGAUUUUCUUCCAACCACCCAAUCAAAGGGUGGCCAACAACAACAAAGCAAAGGUGCAUAACGUGGAAAGAAAACGCUCUUCACGCGUGUAAAAGUGCAUUGAUCGAGAAGAAGACGAAAAAAAAAGUGACAAAAGGCGAAAGCGCGUAUGUGCCCGCAGUUGCGUUGUACGGCGAGAAGAGAAUUUAUAACGAAAAGAGCAAAAGCAAAAAAAACGGAUGAUCGAGUUUGAAACAGCAGCAACAUUUCGGUCGAAUGCAACACGGCUACUACUGCACACUGCUACCAAUCGGUACCAGCACACAAUCACACCAGCGUGUAAUAAUUAUUCGCCCUUAAUCGCCGCCGUCGCUUGGGUGUGUUGUUUCGGUUGUGUGCGUGUGCGAAUGGUUGUCGCGCGCGAUAGCAUGUGUGCGUGAUGUGCUGAUCGGAGUCGCGCACACAUACACACAUGUAAACUCUCGACGCGGACUAAAACCACCGCUCGCAGUAGGCGCUCGUCCGUCGUUCAUUCGUCGUUCGCUCGUUCGGCCGUCGCCGUCAUGGAUUGCGAAAGUGUGUGCUUGCGAAGAAGGUUUCUCUUCCAGCAGUAGUAGCUAGCCAGCACCAGCGUCAAUACAGCAAGGAUACCGUUUUCUUUGUCGCGUUUUCGACUGUGCGUGAAAAGUCGACGACGUGCGUGUGGGUACGGUCGUGUUAAAAAAUUGUAAUGAAAAGUGUCGCCCACAGUGCGUGUAAAGUAUGUGUAUUUUAAUGUAUUUAUCGCAAGAAAAGUGAGACAGAGUAGGUACCCCCUGCUCUCUCGCUGCGUGUACGUGUGUAAAAUUGUGUGUAAAACGAAGUAGCGCGUGGAGUAUAUAUAGCAUAAAAAAUAGUAGUACAGUGGGUCCAAGUAGCAGAAGCAUUACGCUAGCGCCCCCUAAAGAGAAAGUGCAUCAAAUGAAGAAAGAAAAGGUUGCAAUAUUGUAGAGAAAUUGAAGCAAAAAAUUGUUCGUUUACCUUUCUACAGCGCCUACCCCCUGUUAACGGCGGUAGUGUGUGUGCGCGUGAAAGGGAGAGAGCGAGCGUGUGUGAGAGAGAGUGUCAGGAGAAAAAAGUGGUACCGUACCGUAUUUAGUGCAAUUAAACGUACGCGCUUGUGUGUAGAUGGAUGUGCGGUGUGUGUGUGUGUAAAAUAAGAAGUGUGCAAAUGUUGUUGUUUACGGUUUACCUACUGCAACAACAACGCGGCCACCGUGUACGCACGAUGCAGCUGCAAUCCAUGCUGCUGCCCCAAUAAAUAGUGGUGGGUGCAUCAAAUCGGAUGGCACGAGCCAGCUCAGUGUAAAGAGCGAUAGAGAGAAGAAAAAAAAAAGAUAAAUUAUUGUACCGCUAAGAAGUGGCAGAUAAAGCAAACGUGUGAAAGAAAAUAGAUAAGAUAUUAUCUACGGUGUGUUUGUGCGCGCGCGUGUAUGCGUGUUUAUGUUGUGUGUUUCUUACUUAGUGUUGCGGUGCGCUCGAUCGUGUGUACCAUCCACCAGCCCUGCACGGCACACCACGGCACCGCCUAGUAAAUCGCUUAGGCUUUUUCUUCGGUCGCAAAAAACCCCACGCUUUUAACUAUUACACCUGUUCGUCUGUAAGAAAAUGUACGUUACAACAAUACAAGCAUGACGCACCAGAAUCACCAAACUAACGGCGCCAGUUUGGAAGAUUGCCACACAAACUUCUUCGCUUUGACCGAUCUGUGCGGUAUAAGAUGGCGUCAAUUGGUUCUCGGUGAGCGGCCAAAUGCGGCCGGCGAUCCGCUCGACGAUCCGGUCGUGCGCUCCUACUCGAAAUGUCUCGCCGUCGACAUACUGUGCGUGUGGCGAAGGGUGGUCGCACCCAAGCCCAAACCCAAACCCGAACCGGACCCGAGCAACAUGUUCGACAUGAGCAUACCGGGCACCGGUAACAGUGGUUCCGUCGUCCAUCCGCCCCUCUCGCUGACCGCCGCCAAGGAGCUGUGGAUCUUCUGGUACGGCGAGGAACCGGACCUGACCGAUCUGGUUGCACCCGAGCUGCUCAACUCGUCCGAAGCCGGCGACAAAGGCUCCUGGGAGAAUGGACUCUCGUACGAGUGUCGUUCGUUAUUAUUUAAGGCGUUACACAAUGUGAUCGAAAGAUGCCUCUUAUCGCGAGGAUUCGUACGUAUUGGCAGGUGGUUCGUGCAUCCCAGUUCGAACAGCGAAGGAGUGUUCGGGAAAAGCUCACAUCACGCAUCAUUUUCGUUCACGUUCUUUGUGCACGGUGACAGUACGGUGUGCACCUCGAUGGACAUAAGGGAACAUCCACCGGUUCGGUUGCUUACCAUGCGACAUCUCGAAGAGGCGCAACAGGCGCAACAGGCUGCCCCCAGUACUGGCGCAAACGGUGGCCCGACCAGUCCCGCACCGGCCGGUGUAAACGGAGGUAGCUCGAUCACUCCCGGAUCGCCCGGUGCUGGCGGUGCAGCGUCUGGAAGUGGUGGCAAUGCCAAUGGUUCGGCAACGAUCGCCUCGACGGAUGCUAUCGAACCGCGGGAGGUGAUACUGGCACCGUUCGGGCUGGCCGGUACACUGACGGGCCAAAGUUACAAAGCGAGCGAUCCGCACGUCCAGAAGAUGCUCGACGACUGGAGCGCGUUCUAUCCGAUCUCGAACAAGCUCAGCGGCAUGGAAGACGGCUCUGACAAUGUGCCUCCGAUGGUGGAGAUCCUCGUCGGGAAGUUGAAGAUGCGGUACCCCACGAAGUACGUGCUGGUCGCCGACAUGGACGACUGGACGUCGGCGAACGAUGCGCGGAGCAAUAGUAGUAGUAAUAGUAAUAAUAGCCCUAGCAGUAAUAAUACCAACAGCAAUCAAACCGCAACUCCGGUCACGGCGAUACCCUCCAUCGCAGCAUCCGUUCUCAGCCGUGCCAAUAACGCUACCGAACGGUCCAGUGGCCCCAUCAACACAACCAGCAAUCAACCGGCAACGGGAAACAGCAGCAGCAGCAGCAUCAGUAACAGUAAUCCUUCUACGGCACGCAACAAAGACUCGCCGAACGAGAGCAGUUCGGUAGCGGCAACUCCCACCGGUACGCUACGCCAGCGAAAUCACCAUAAAUCCAUGAUGACCCCACCGCUUACGGUGCCGGAAUCGCCCUCAAACGAUCUCGGCAAUCCGCUUAGUAUGUCGUCGGCACUGAUCAACAAGUCGCCGGCCACCAUCCUGCCGGAGCGUGUCUGGCAGGACUGCAUAAUGCACGCGUCACCCUCACCGUCGCCGAUGUCUGCAUCGUCGGCAAAUGGCAGCACAUCCGCAGCUAACAAUGGAAGCCAAACGAUCAGCGCGACACCCGGCAGUGGUGUCACGAUCAAAACGGAACCAAAGGAUACCGGUAGUAGCAGCAGUAGUGGCAACACCUCCAGCACAGCGACCGGCAGCAAUAGUAGCGGUGGUGGUGAUGAAAACUCAUCCGGUGCUGCCAACGGUGUCGAUGCGAACGGAAACUCUUCCGUGUGGGAGAUUAGCGACCCAACGGUGAAAGUGUCCUGCUGCUGUAUCAAGUGUUGCAAGAGACCACCAUCUUCCUCGUCGUCCACAUCGACGUCCUCGUCGUCCACUUCGUCCACGGCAAGUGGACGUGUCACGCAGCAUCAGCAGCAUCAGCAACACGCGAUCGGUGCAGCGGUAAGCUCAUCGUGCUCGUUAAGCGUAGCAGGCAGUUUGGCAACUCUGUACUCCUCCAAUCCAUCCCCCAAAUCGUCCUAUUCGAUCACCUACCCCGGAAGUGGUGGUGGUGGUGGUGGUAGUAACCGUGGUGAGAAGUCCAUCCACGGACAUCAGUAUCACCACUACCACCAUCAUCAUGGAGCAGGCGGUAGUCAAUCGGGUAAGGAUCAUCAUCAUCAUCACCAUCAUCAUCACCGUCCGCAAAGGAUUACCUUCCACAAGCGAGCCCCGCAGGAGGCUCUGUUCCGUCCCGGCACCAAACCGAUGAGCUUAUCUGCUGCAGCCGAUGCACUGGCUGCUGCUGUUGCUGCUGCUGCUGCUGCGUCUUCUUCGACGGCCGCCAACGCCGCUGCCACCUCGCCUGGAGCCGUUUCUUCCGGUGACAGCGCAGCCGAUUCGCUCGAACUGGCCGACUCGUGCUUAAGGUCUAACCAAAACUGUGCCGCCAAUAGUAAUAGUGGUUCCGGUGGUACGACGGGCGCAGCCGCCGGCAGCACAACGCCUUACGGUGGACCACCUUCCUACUGUCGCAACCCGAUGUCGAUCGGUGAUUCGCAUCCGCUUCCAUCGGAAGGUUCACCGGCCAGUGCGGCACCAUCACCGAUGCAACCGUCGUCGGUAUCUCAACCAACAUCGGUACCAUCCGGUGAUCAGCUCAUCACAAUGUCUCCACAUCCACCUGCCUCGAACAAUCCGCGCAGCGUGCAACCGGGUACACCCUGUUUGGAUCAUCUGGACAAGAACACACCGGCACCGACACCGACCGAUCAGCACGACAGCAAAAGCAUCAAUGCGUCGCCGUAUCACACACCGUCCCAUCCGGGCGGUGGUGGUGGUGGUGGUUCGACCGGGUCGACCGGUAACUCCACCGAAGCUCAGCAACAGCAGCAACAAUCGCAAAGCAACUCGAAUAUGGGAAAUUCGUCUAGCAGCAGUAGUACCGGCAGCAACAGCUCCUCAAACAGUAGCUCUCUAAACGCGCUGAAGACAUCGCCCCGAAGCAGCACGCUGUCGUCCGGCAUCGGUAGCCUUAAGGUGCGUUCCGAGUCGUCGCUCGGUGCGGGAGGUUCGAUCGGCAGCGGGGGUGGUGUACCGAUGACGCCGAGCAUCCACAGCGUGUACAGUUCCGCCCAUCAGACGGCCAUGGCGAACAAUCUGGCGAGCAAACGGGAAUCGAUACUGCAAAUGUUGCAAUCAUUGAAACGACCGUCACUGUUCUGCAAGGAUUACGAGACGUUGCAGAGCGAGGACAUACCCAGCACCUCGCAGCUACUGUAUGAUUAUACGUGCGUCGAUGCAUGGAUGAACCAUCCCGUAAAGCGGAUGAGGCUAGCAAUGGAGGAAAAUCGUCUUGUGAAAAAGAUACGUAAUCUCGAUCUGUACGCAAACGAGCAUAGCCGCACGAUGACGACGAGCUUUGGCGUUAGUGCGACGGGAAUGCCGGGAAAUAACAGUGUUGGGAACAGUGUUGUUGGUGCCAAUGGAAUGCUCAUGAAGGGCGGCACAUCGGGCGAUUCGUCCGAUCCGCUUGCGGAAUCGCUCGGUGGUCAUAACGGUGGUAGCGGUGGUGGUGGUGCCUGUGAUAAUGGCACUGGCAGCAAUGGCCAACCACUUCUCGGGCAGAUCAAGAUGGAACUCGGCUGUGACGGCAGCGGCGGAGGUGGAGUUGUUGGUCGUGAGGGAGCGACCGGAGUUGCCGGUAGUGGAAUAGGAAGUGCCAACGGAACACCCGACCGGAACGGACCAUCCGCCGGCAACGGAGACGGUGCCCUGCUCGGCGAGCACGAAAUCAAGAAAGAGAAGGAAGAAAAGGGUCCCUUUUUAACGGACCAAGAUCUGCAACCGUCAAUCGACGAUCUGAAUCAGAUCUUCGAUGACGGUGGACCGUUUAACGACGAUCCGGAUCUGCACAAUACGCCGCCCGGGUCGAAUAAGAGCUGCGGCGGAAGUGGCGGAUUCCUGGAGGAAGGCAAACGCUUCCCGAGCUCGAACCAUCAUUCGGUUAACAGCGGCAUGUUGAGUCCGAAGGAGCUGUCGCAGAUGUUCCCGACACCGCCAAGUUUGGAUCCGCACCCGAACUCCAGUCCCGGUGGUGGUGGAUGCCUUUCGGACGGUGGGAUUGCCAUCGAUACGCUGGUCGAUCUACAAAUGUCGCUUUCAUCCGGGAUCGGUAGCGGGCCGGGGACUGGACCGACCUUGCCAAAUCUGGGCAGCCCCCAGGAGGAACCGAUCGAUGAUUGGUCUUUCGUGUUUUUGCCACCACCUCUAUGUCCGUACGUGGGUUCGUCCAAGUACGCACCACUACCGAGCUUACCGAGCCAGCUGAUAAUACCACAAAUCCCAACCAGCACCUGUACCAACUUGGUAUACAAAUCGACCCGCCAGAAGCAAAAAGAACAAGCGGCUGCGGAACGGGAAAAGCAAAAGUUACGCGAACAAGCGGAACGAGAACGAGAACAGCAGCAGCAACAGGACCAACAGCAGAACACGCAGUCGGAUAAUAACAAUACCCAGAGCGGCGGAUCCAUUGGGGCAUCCGCUGGGGGUAUUGGUGGUCCCGCUAGUGGCAUCGGGUUAGGACUGCUUCCAAUUAUCAAGCAAGAGCUGGGUAGCUUAACCAUCCCGCAACCUUUGAGCACACCUAACUCACUCCUGGGAGGAUUGAACAACCUGAAUGGUUCGAAUCUGUACUCGAACCCACCGUCACAGGGCGCUCAAUCUCAGCCCCACUCGCGACCCCCGUCGGUAAAUUCGCUGCCCGGCGGUAUCAUCGGUAGCGGUGCGGGAAUGCUCAGUCCAUCGCCUGCCGGUGCUGGCACAUCCGGUGGUCUCUUCCAUCCGGGAAUGGGUGGAAUUCCGGUUCCGCUGCGUCAGGGCAUGUCACCCAUAUCGCCCGCCACACCCGGCGGAUCGAUGCGUGUACCGACGCCACAAGGUGGUGGAUCGUGUCCAUUACCGUACCCUUCGCCACUGGGCGGAGCGGCCGCAGGCAGUCCGAACCCGAUGGGAUCCCUGAACUUCCGUCGCACGACCCCGCUGCUUCCGCCGCCACCGUACGAUGUGGCUAUCGCCAGCCCGGCCAAUUCCGUCGCAACGCCUACUUCCUACCACAGCAAACAGUUCCCGCCCGAGGGGAUGGACAACAGCGGAGGACCGGGCUCGAACCGCGGCCCAAUGACACCGUCCUCGACCGGUGGUGGACCGUUGGGCACAACCGUGAACCAACCGCUUUCGUCCACCGGUGGUGGUGUGGGAUGUGCGAGCGGUGUCAGCACGAACGGUGCAUCGGGUGGCCGGAGUACGAACAUCGAAACGAACGCACUGCUGGUGAACAUUCUGUUAUACGAUACCGCGCUCAACAUCUUCCGCGAUCACAACUUCAAAAGCUGUACGCUUUGUGUGUGUAAUGCCGGCGCGAAGUGUGUCGGUAACAUACGCGGCGCGGACAGUGGUUUGUACCUUGCGCUGCCCGGUACGAACUGGAUGGACUCCGUCACAGCGCCACCGGAAACGGCGGCCGGUACCGGAGUGGGCGGAAACAGUGUUGUCACUGGCGGCAGGAGCAAAGCGAGUGCCCUAGCCCAUCUCGGACUCAGCGGCGGUAGCAGUAGUAGUGCCUUCGGUGGAAUGUUAGGAUCACCGGCGAUUAGUUCAAACAGCGACAAGACGAUCACGAUCAAUACGGACAGUCUGCAGAAUGGGUAUCUGGAUGAGGAUCCGAUCGAUUGUCAGUGUGGUUUCAGUGCGGUGGUCAAUCGCCGGAUGGCUCACCGGGCCGGAUUAUUCUUCGAGGAUGAAAUGGAAAUCACGGGCAUGGCGGAAGACCCGGCGGUACACAAGAAGAGUUCAUUGUUCGAAUUCCUCAACGGUACCGCCAAAGCGAUCAAGAUGGAAGAAUCGGGAAGCGGUGGAUCGAACGGAACGGUGGCCACAACCGGUGGGGCUUCCUCAACGAGCGGCAACGCAAGUGAUAGUUUACCGCUAACGCUCAAAGUGAUGGAUCUGCUGAGGGAGCAGUGUUCCGUGGUGCAAAGUUCAAGCAAUUCCAUUCACCGUGCCGUCAAUCGGUAUCGUGGAGCACUGUUCGGUCGUGGGUUGGAAAGCGGUGCCGUGCACCUGCUAGAGUACGUUGACGCGAACGAUGUGAUCAGUUUAGCGUUGGAGCAGGGACGACUGCAAGCAAUCAACGAGAGUAAGAUGGAUGUGGAUCAGCAGCAACCAGCAUCCGGUUCGGCAUCGUCCUCAUCGUCCAACACAGCGUGCGGUGCACUCGUGAAGGGUGGCACACUUCGGGGGAUUAUGAACGUGCACAAAUGGCCGUUCCUGCGUGCGGGCGGUCCGAAGAGCAAUCAGGACAUAGUGCGGAUAAUGAAAUCGAUGCAACCGCUGCUGCAGGAUGCUUUCCACAAGCGUUGCACGACGCGGCUGUGGGACGCACCGUACACGAUACAGGGUCCACUCACUUGGAGACAGUUCCACCGGCUAGCGGGGCGCGGUACGGGCCAGUGCGAACCGCAACCGAUUCCAUCGCUGAUCGUGGGCUACGAGAAGGAUUGGCUAUCGUUGGCUCCGUACGCGCUGCACUACUGGGACAAGCUGCUGCUGGAACCGUACUCGUACCCGCGCGACGUUGCGUACGUCGCGAUUGUCCCGGACAAUGAUUACGUGGUGGCGAAGGUGCGUACGUACUUCAAGGAGCUCAGCACUACGUACGAAAUGUGCAAGCUGGGUCGGCAUACGCCGAUCAAGGGCUGGGACGGCAUAUUGCGUGUGGGGAGUCAGCGUGUGCUGAAGGAAACGCAAAACUCCAACCUGGACGAAUGGUUCACGAACAUGGGCGUCGAUCAGCAGCGCAAGAAUGGCAACAGUUCUUCGUCGCCUUCCGGUUUAAACGAGUUGCUACGGCUGUACGCCCAGACGUGUCAGCAGCAGCUAGCACCGUACCUGUCGAAGGUACCGUCCGACAAGAGUUUACUCGAUCCCCCGGAGAGUCAUCACCAUACGUCGUCGUCGUCCUCCGCUUCGGCUUCACUUUCGGGCGGUUCGUCGGGAUCGUCAGCGUUGGGCAGUGGGUCGAUGAAUCAACCGGGAGGAAAUUCCAUGGGACAGAACCGAGGCGAUGGUCCCGGCCAGAGUCCAAUGCCACCGCCACCACCGAGCACACCGGAUUCUUCGCAGCCCGGUGACAAGGCACCGAAUACUCCCAAAUUUGAUCAUGACUCUGAAAACCGUGAUCAGCUGAAUACCUCCUCCGCCAGUCCUGCCGACGGCAUGCGCAUUGACGACGAUGGAAAAGAUCCGCCACAUAUCGUGCUGUACAUCGUGGAACCGUUUACGUGCGGAAGCGAUUCACCCGACGUGGAACGGUUGGCGUGCCUUUCGUUGCUGCGCUGCUAUUCCAACAUUCUGAACGCAGUUCCGGAUUCGAUUCGCAGCAAUAUCAGUGUACAAAUUAUCUCUCUAGAAAGCAUUCUCGAGCUCGGGCGUAACCGGAAUAGAUUGCGUUUAAGCGAUCACAUGCGUUGUCUGGCGCUGAGUGUGUUCUCUCAGAGCCGCAAGUAUCUCGCGCACAUGAACACGGUCAAGAGCUUGACGGGAUUCGGAACGGCCGCCAAUGCCGAACAGUUUAUCAAGCGCAAGGAUGACAAGAAUCGCGUACCGUACCGACUGUACACACCGCCGUAUGUGCUGGCAAGGUCAUGCGAGAAGAGCGAAAACACGGAGUCGUUCGGGAAGACGAGCAUGAAGCAACAAUGUUCCAUCAUGUACUGUAGCUACUGUUUGAGCGAGGAUCAGAGCUGGCUGCUGGCGGUUGCGACCGACGAUCGGGGCGAGUUUUUGGAAACGGUCACGAUCAACAUUGACAUUCCCAACCGUGGUCGUCGGAAGCGUGCCUCGGCGCGCCGGUACGGGCUGCAGAAGUUGAUGGACUUUAUCCUUGGGCUAAUCUCACAGACGGUACAACCGUGGCGUUUGGUGGUGGGCCGCAUCGGGCGCAUCGGCCACGGUGAGCUGAAGGGUUGGAGUUGGCUGCUGAGCAAACCGAACCUGCAGCGGGCGUCCAAGCAUCUGAAGGACAUUUGCGAGCAGUGUUCGUUGAUGCAUCCGAUCGCCGUCCCGAGCAUACUGAGCGCCUGUCUGGUGACGCUCGAGCCGGAUUCCGAUUUGCGCGUCAUGUCCGAUCAGUUUACGCCGGAUGAACGGUUCAGCCAGCGGUCAAUGCAAUCGCCGCUCUCGACGCCGCAGGAUGCGACCUGCACGCACAUACUGGUGUUCCCGACCAGUGCCAAAGCACAGUCUGCCCAGGCGUCGUUCAGCGUGAUUGGAGAGUUGGAUUUGGGCGAGGAUCUCAACAUGGUCAUCAUGGAUGGAGACGACGAUGAUGAUGGUAUCAACAUGAUGGACGUUUUCAAGUGCUGGGAUGAUUUACCGAUGCAGCAGAUCAACAUGCCACAUUCACGACCAGGUAGCCCUUCGCAGUUUGAAGGCAACCAGCAGAGUCCUGGCGAAAGUGGUUCUAAAGGUGCUGGGUCCCGUGAUGGUUACGGGUCACAGGAUUCGGAAGAGGUCGGUCUGGUGCUACAGCAACCUCUAGCCAUCGGGUAUCUUGUAUCGACGGCUCCUACCGGUCGUAUGCCGGAAUGGUUCUGGUCGUCCUGCCCGCACAUGGAGAACGUGUGUCCGGUGUUUCUGCGUACGGCACUGCACCUGCACAGUCCCACCAUACUGCAAAACACCGACGAUCCGUUGCAGCAGAAUCAAUCGUCCACCGAGCAUCCGCUGGACUCGAACAUUACGGCCGAUGUGCUGCGGUACGUGCUCGAGGGCUACAAUCUGCUAUCAUGGCUGGCAAUGGACUCGAACACGCACGAUCGUCUGUCCUGUUUGCCGAUACAUGUACAGGUGCUAAUGCAGCUGUACCAUAUGACGGCUGCACUGGCGUAAAAGCAUUCCCAGUAGUGGUUCCAUCAUCGUUGUACGCGCUGUACUUCGUCGCUGCUCAUCCAUCACGUCACAUUUGUUAGUUCAAUUCAACGCGCGCAUCCCGGGAGAUUGCAUUACUGGAGCUCCAACUCACCAACCGCUUUCGAACACACCGCGAACCCCCCUGACUCUUGAGCCCCCGACGGUCUCUAUCUGUCUGUGAUAUUAGAUAAAAGAAACGCAAACAAGCGAGAUUUCGAAAGGAACGCUACCGCAAGAUAUACUCUCAACACGCUCACGGUGGGUGUGUACUGUACGAAAAUAGGCAAACAAAUCGGCUGCAUGGCAAAAAAAUGGCUCGAGAAAUGUGACACGUGUUUCUAGAAGAAUAUCAUGGUUAUAGGUAAUUUUUCAGGUGGACUUGAAUAUUUUGGACAUUUGCUAUGUUAAGUUUUUAAUGUGCAAUAGGUUUGGUGCGCACAUGCUUCAAAUUCAGCACAGCUUUUUACUUUUUUCUUGACUGAUCUUGACGCAUCGUUGAUUGUGCAUAAAGUCGACAAGCAAUAGCUAUUUUUAUUCUACAAUGACUCAGCCGUCACAUGACGCUGUAUACUACUGUGUUUGUUUGUUUUUUUUAAUAGUAUUUAUUACAUAUUUUGCUACAUUGUGUAUAGUACAAUUUUUUUUUACUACCAGUACAGACGAUUUUUUCGUGCCAAUAGUCAUAACAAAAAAAAAAAAAAAACAGCGGUGAUAUGCGAAUGCAUCUUCACCGUUUGAUUUGUCAACACAGUAUUUAGUUGUCCCAUUUCUCAUGGUAAACAAAUCGGUUUCAAACAAAAGUGCGACCCCAGUGCGAAUGUGGUAGCGCGCCCGUGCAGCAGCAAACCAUUGUGCAAACAAUCCGGACAUGUGCAACAUUAAAACGAGAUGUAAUAAACAAAUGGAAAUUUUAGUAAACAGUAUGUCGGACGUCAACUUCGCUACGAAACCUGUGAAGAUUCACUGCUUUUCCGUGUUUCUUCCCUGCGUACAACUGUUGAACACUGUCGAACGAACAACAAGAGCCCCCAACCCUGUAAACCACACUACAUAAUGUUUGAUGAAGCGUUUGGGUGGGGCAAAUGGAAAAUGUCAAUUGCAGCAGACACACGCACACUCGACCGAGAUGGGAAAGCUAGCGGGAACUCCGGGAUAGUCAAUAUGAGAAGAACUUUUUAAAUGUACUACAAUUAUUUGAAGAGGAACCUUCAUGCUCUCCGAGAAGCAUCUCGAUCCCGGAACUGAUUGUGAUCGAGAGGGGAAUGUUUCAACCUAUGUUGGAAAAAGACGGUGCGUGUGUGCGUGUGGAUGUGUUACUUUCGAAGUAUAAAGCAAAAGAUGUAUGAUAAUUUAAUUAAUUUAAAUGAAACUCUACAAACAGAACGUGAAACGGAAUGACUUACAAUAGCAAUGAAUUGUGUAGCGAGCCGAAGAAGGAUUAGUUCAUAGGUGAUAGCUAAUGAUAAUUGUAGCGGAAAACAAAACCAACCAAGCAGAUAGGUGAACAGCGAGUGAAAACUAACGAUUAGUGGCAAUUGAAGUUGCACUGAAAGGAAAGAUUGUCAAUCAACGUUCUUGAAAACACCACAAAAACCACAAACUCAACUACAUGCCUAGCCGAAGCGAUUGUAAACCCGGGGACAUUGUCGGACAAGUUGAUUCUUUCUUCUUUAACGGCACAACAACUUGAAGUGGUAUAGGUCUGCCAUUUCUGGCUUUCAUUGACUUUAUUUACCCGUAGCUGGAUGGACCGGGGAGUAGGUCCGGAUGUCGUGUUUACGGCGUCGCUACCAAAACGCUACAUGGCUGGUUCACUACCCCGUUGGAAAAAAAAAUCGAUGACCAAAUGUGGCAGGAAAUGGACAAAGAGCUAGUACCCUAAGACGGGCAACAAACCCCGAACGAAGCCGAAGGGAUCAGGAUGGAAGAUGUAACCCUAUUUUAAGCACCCAAAUCUCGCAUACUCAAAGUAACGUUUCAUCGCCGUACGAGGAAUACCGGUACCCCCAUCAUCAUCAUCAUGAGCUGAGCAUAUUAUCAUUAAUUGUAACUCGAACAGGUAGAAAAGGAGAAACCAUGAACAAAAAAACCCUUUUUCUAUGGAAGUUUAUGUAAGAGAAAGCAAACGGCGUAGCAGAGUUUAGGCUAGGGGUGGGCUAGCUUCGCCUAGUUUAGAUAUCUUGAUCUAUUCACUCAUUCACUCACACCCGAUCACACACGCAGUGAUUUAAAAGGCAUUGUAAGGAUCAGUAAUUUUUCAGAGGAUAUUUAAACGCAUCGUCACACGAUCACACCGUGUGCCGUGUCGUGUGUAUCGGUUUGCUGGUUGGACAGGGUUCGGCAGGUUUUGCUGCCAUCAGAGGGGUCCCACCACCCACCCGCGGAGACACACCCGGGGAAUAGAGUUCAGUGGGGUGAAAUUAUUUAUUUGAUACUUAUAUUUAUAUACCCUUCUAUCUAUCACGACCAGCACCACCUAGUGUAAAUGUAUUAUGACGACAGGAACACGAGCCAACCGAGAGAGACCGACCCCACACUUGCCUGUGUUCCCAUUUUGUGGUGGGAACGUAACCAAGGGGGUAAAACGAAAUGGGAAGGUGGGUAGCGGAAUGAGGAGGAUGGCAAAGGGAAACAGACAAGACAGCAAGGGAAGCGUUAGGGAGGCCCCCACAAAGGCCUUAUAGUUUAUUAAUCGAAACAAAUCACACAGUGUGUAGCAACACUAUUUAUAGUAAUGAAUGAUAAUUCAAACAUCCCCUUCCCAGGUGCAUCAUUGUGUGGCCGAUUAAGGAUGAUCCCUUUUCCGGGGAAGGGAAAGCGUAUGCAUGAGGGCGCUUUGUGUAAAAGGCGUGUAAAUAUUAGCCACGUAAUGUAAAUCGCCCGUAACGGCGAUAUCAUGAUAGUGCGUAAGUAGUUUAACGAAUGCUGUAGCAAAGAGUAUUGAUUGGAUGCAAAACAUUAUUAAGUAGUGAAAACGUUUUUAAGUAGAGAAUUACAAACAAUUUAAUUAUUGUCUUUUCAUGCACACAUACACACAUGAUGAUGAUGAUGAUAACACAAAUGCAACAACAAGCAAAAACCACUCACACACAAUCAAAUGGUUUGUACAAAAUGUUACUAAUAUAACCGGUCUUCAGGAACGGGAAGGCGCUUUUUCACGCCCUUCUCGAAGAUAGAAGAAAGAUGCAACGGAAAGGUGUGAUGUGUGUGUGUGUGUAUAUGAACGAAGUGUGUAUUAAAGAAUGUGUAAAAGAGUUGUAUAAAACAAAGAAAAACAGUACCACAAAACCGUUAGGGAAAUAUUGUGAAUCGUACUCAUGGAUGGGAGAGCCCAGUAGUAGCAGGUUUGUAAAAAAAUAGCAACACAACAAAUGGAGCAAUGAAACAAUGUAGGGAAAACCCCCCCCUAGGUGUAAACUAAACAACAAACAAAACAGCAAGGAGAUCGAUCAUUUUGUUAGGCCAAAUUUGUACUUGAAUUGUGUCGGAAGCAGUAGACAAAACAAAGGUUGCAACCGGCAACAGGUGCAACCCAAUGCAUACAAAACAUGAACAAAACAACAGUAGAGAGCAGCAUUGUCAAAAGAAAAAAAAAACAGGAUGAAACAAAAAACAAAUCUCAGUUAGAUUUUUGUCGGGAAAGUAAGAAAAAACCGUAGCGAUACCAAUGUUGUGUUUGUGUUUUUUUUCCUCUCUUUUCUUUUGUUGCUACCCUUCUUCUGGUGGUAAUGAAGAAAACAUAGCCUUUUCGGGUGGAAACUAGUGGUAGCUCUACAGUAGUAAGAGGAAAAGCCUUGCAGACCGAUGCAAGUUUGUAAGGAAAUGUAACGAAAGAAAGUGAAACAAGAAAAAAAAAACAACAACAAAAGUAACAAACAAACAAACAAAUCAAACCACAAAUGCCCAAUUAACAUUACACAACAAACAACACCACCAACAAAAGAGAGGAGGAGGAACAUUGCUAUUAUUAUUGAUUGAUUGAGGCGAAUGUUUUAAGGCUGGCGUUGUAAUCGGGGGACGCAAAUGAUAGGUGUGCGUGACGCACAUUGGGCGUUAAAAGAUGACGAAGAUGUUGCCUAUUCGCACAGAAUGGCAGGUGAACCACAAUUGGUAUAAAUUAAUUAUCUAUAUAUAUAUAUAUAUAUAUAUGAAUUAUAUUAUAUUGGUAUCUUAACUAAUAAUACCUGUAUAUGUUAAGGUUUCGUUUACAAAAAAGAAUACACAGAAAAUAAAUGGA